AUGGACGGCGCCGGCGGGAUCUUCGCCGCCGUCGUGUGCGCGCUGCUGGUCUUUGCCAUCUUCCCCCUCCUCCUCUGGCGCCGCCGCUCCGAUGCCGCCGCCGCGGUCGACAACCACCGCCUCCCGCCCCAGCCACUCCAGGGGGAGCGGGUGCUUCGUGGCGGCGCUGCUGCGCGCCGCAUGCGUAGGAGGCCAGCUGCGGCGAGUUCGUCGGCAGCGUCCACCAGUCGUGAUGUUGCAGAUGAUGAGUCAGGGAGCGAGGAGGAGGAUCCCAAUGUCCCUAAAGGCUCCAAGAAGGAAAGGAAAAGGCAAGAGAGGGAAGAGCGGGAGGCGCAGCGCCAGGCUAAUGAAGCAGCACGGAAUUCAAGGAGAACUAAUCAAGACCGUUACGAGGAAAUGAGAAGGAAGAAAGAUGAGGAGCGUGAGGCCCAAGAGAGAUUAUUGGAAGAAGAAGCUAUGGCACGGAAAGCCAAGGAAGAGGAAGCUGCUGCUCUGGAAUUUGAGAAAUGGAAAGGGGCCUUUUCAGUUGAUGCUGAAGGGACAACUGAAAGUGAGACGCAAGAUGGUGGCCAGGGUUUGCUCCACAAUUUUGUGGAAUACAUCAAGAAGCAGAAGUGUGUUCCACUAGAAGAUCUUGCUGGAGAGUUUGGAAUGCGAACCCAGGACUGCAUAAACCGAAUUAUUACGCUUGAAGGCAUGGAUAGAUUAUCUGGCGUGAUGGAUGACCGUGGAAAGUUCAUCUACAUAUCAAUAGAGGAGAUGCAGGCCGUUGCAGACUACAUCAGGAAGCAUGGGAGGGUGAGCAUAUCACACCUGGCCAACAACUCAAAUGAAUUCAUAGAUCUGGAGCCAAAGCCCCUGUACGAUGAGAAGGAGGAGAGCCAUCAAGAUGAAAGCGCCCCGGCAGGCGUAGUUGCAGAGGCCUGA